AUGGACUUUAACGAAAAAGUUGGUUUCUGUGGCCACCAUUUUGGAUUUGGAGUAAUGCCAUGGGGGAGGGAGGAGGCUUUUUCUACAGAAAAUCUUGAAUUUAUAUUUACCCUGGGCUUUUGUUUCUUUUCUCACAGUUGCCUGGUUCACCUUUGACCCGUCCAUGACUCACUCGGAUGUACUCUUGACCAACAACAGCAGCACCAUCACCUGUAACAACUUCGAGCACAGAGUCGCUAUCGGCAGCGUAGGUUUCAGCAAAGGCGUUCACUACUGGGAGAUUACGCUAGACCGCUAUGACUGCCAUACGGAUCCUUCCAUCGGGAUUUGCCGGUUUGACGUGGAUAAAAGUGUCAUUCUAGGCAAAGACGACCGUGCCUGGAGCAUGUACAUCGACGAGAAGCGGAGCUGGUUUAUGCACAGAGACGAGCACACCAACAGAACCGAGGGAGGGAUUCGAACCGGGGGCACCAUAGGGGUGUUGCUAGACCUGAACCAGCACACCCUGAGCUACUUCGUGAACGACAUCCCGCACGGCCCAGUCGCCUUCAACAACCUGCACGGCGUCUUCUACCCGGCCGUCAGCAUCAACAGAGACGUGCAAGUCACGCUCAGGGCAGGCCUUGUUCCUCCAGUGGACAGCAGCAGUGAGGCAGAGUAUUGCUAGGGGGGGGGGAGGGAUAUUUCUGUUACAAAGUUGCUGUGUUUGUCUGUUUGCCUGAUUUAAGAGAAGUAAGUGGACGCUAUAAUGGCAGAUUAGUGCUAGGAAAACGCAAGACAGCCAGACUUAAACAACAGUGAGAAAUUAAAGAAGUAGGACCAGUUAGCAGCAUCCUCCAACCAACCGUUACAAGGGUGCAACCACCCAGAAUGCUUCAUGAAAACCCAUUGAACAAAACGCAAAACAUAUAUUUGAAGAAUACUUGAAUGACCAGUCAGUGUGCCAAAUUCAGAACAAAAAUUAACUUAAUUUUCAGGGCUGCUGAAUGCCUCAUGAAAAACAAGAUAGGACAAACUGCAAAAAUA